GCUAGAGUGAGAGAAGCAGGAUCUAGAAAAAUGUAACAGUAGUUGUAAAUGUUGUGCUUUGUUUUCCUUCUAACUUUUGACAUUUCUUUUUUUCCUUGUUCAAGGCUCUAGUAAAAUAUAACGCCUCAUACACAUGUCAAAAUACUCAUACUUUCACAAAUUGUGAAAGUUUGUCUAUUCACUUUCACUUUGUUUGAAAAUAUAUCUAGAUAUAUUCAUAUGAUAAAUGAAAGUUCGUAUAAACGAAACAGAAAUAAAUAGUCACAAGAUAUUUUCUUUUCCAUUUCGUCGCGUGUCUAUACUGAUACGCCACUGACCAUACACGAAAGGAUAGGAAAGAAAAAACGUAAGCGGUCACUAUAUACAGCGUACGUUAGUGAAUUCUUACGAAUACGGUCUCAUCUCUAAUGAAAACCUUAUAACGUUAAUGUGGGCGUACUAGUGCCAAUUGUGACUGUUUAAAGACUGUGGAAUAGACAGGGAGGAGGCAGAGCAUUCUUAGAACAGUAAUGCGUGACAAGGACAUAUUAGUCAAAAAAAUUGGGAAGAACAUUCUUUUUUCCUCCGGAAUUACACGUCAUCUUUUUUCUCAUUCGUUCUCCAUUCAUUUUUUGUAUCCUUUUCUUUCUCCGCAUUUUGCUAUUUUGCUUGAAGGUGAACUGAAACAUAUUUCUAUUUUUCGUUCUGUUUCUGUUGUACACACACACAGUCUGAGUCAUUGUAAUUACAAAAUAUAUAUAAACAUUGAGUAAGUUUAUAUAAAACAGAAAUAUGAUCUUUGCUUAGCCAGGUCACUUGUAUACUUUCAGCCUUCUAUAUUAUCGACGCAUGAGGAUCUUCGUGAUCACUAACAGAUUCUUCUGCAAUGAGAAUAUUAAAUUGCACUUCUAUCCUGUUUCUCAUUGCGUUACAUCCAUAGAAAUUGAGUUCAACACGUUUAUCAAUCUUCUUGAACUAACCAAGUAAAGUAGUUGCGAAAUAACUUCAGCUUUUUUUAUUCUUGUAGAUUGGAGAAAAAUGAUUUAUCUAUCUAUUCAACCAUAUUGUAAUAAAAAAAGAAAACUCUCCAGUAAAGCUCUUGCUAGUUGUAGCUCAAAACCAAAUUGUUAUUACAAGGAAAAAUCACCAUUAACGGCUACUUCUAUCAAUAACCGACAAUUAUGUGACAAUGAGGAGAAUGUUAAUGGUAAUUCUAAACCUCGUCCGGACGACAGUACUAAUCAGCCGUCGACAACAAAUAUGGCAACAGACAGACAAAUAACAACAGCAUCAUCAUUUUUAUCAACAAACCGAUUAGAUUCUCAUGGUAAACAUGAUGUAAGAUUACCUGAAGAAACAGAUGAUGAUAGUAAGUUCUUUAAAAAGAUUUAUAUGUUUUGGAAUCUCUGGGAACGAGAAAUUGCAAACAGAACACAAAAAAUACUUGAUGAACCGAUACUAUUCUUCAAUGAGAAGGAGAUAUGUUUAGAAUAUAUACAUUCACACUCUGAUAAACAUAUAUUUCUGAUUAUAUCCGAUGAAAAUGUUAGAGAUUUUAUUCUAACUGUUCAUAGUUUACUACAAAUACAUUCAGUAUACGUUUAUUGUACCGAAGAUGAUUUUCGAAUGUUAGCAAUAUGGUCAGAUGCAUACCCGAAAGUGUGGGGUGUAUUUAGUAUUGAAGAACGUUUACUCAAUAAACUUGUCCUCGAUUUAGCAUUAUACUGGACAGAAAAAGGGGAUGAAUAUAAGAAGGCUGGCGUUAUGAAAUUAGCUAAUAUUAAUUACAAAAGAUCGUUGAAACUGUACAAUACAUUAUUGGAUUAA